AUGCGUACUCGUGCUUCAGUGUUGGCUCCGGCCCUAACGUGCCUGUUCCGGUACUUAUACUCUCGAUGUGCUGGAAUACAGCUUCAAUACAUCCCUAAAAAAGGUAAUCGCUAUGAUUCGUCUAAUUAUCGGCCAAUAGCUAUAACUUCCCUGUUCUCCAAAACCAAUAUUAACGGCCAGCUCUUGAGAUAUCUAGAAGGCCACUUGCUGAUUAGCGAUGGUCAGUACGGCUUUAGUCGUGCUCACUCAGCUGGUGACCUUCCCGGUUACCUUACACAAAGGUGGGCAGAGGCAAAGGGAAAGCUCAUGAAUACACGCGUUUUCCAGUAA